CUCCUUGUACUCAAUGGAGAUGUGACAAAAAGGCUCUUCAAAAAAAGGGAAUUUAAUAUAGUUCAAGUGGUAAAAUGUCUUUUCAAUACGAAGAAGGACUUCGUCCAGACUCGGCCAACAGAUAUAGGCACAAACUGGAGCUCUGUGGACAGGAAAUUUGCCCAUAUAAGCUGCCGGCAGAUGAGUGGGAAAACGAUCCUAAACAAUGGCCAGACGUGAGGACUCUUGAUAUUUUCGUCUUUUUGAUCAAGAGCCCAAGGUUGUACUCACUAGAGGCCAUGGACAACUACCGUUCUCUAGAAGCACACACAUUUUUCACAUCUGGUUGGGUCCAGACAGUGUACCAUCUUGUGACAAAGAGUGGAAAUUUCAUUUUUAAAGCUGAUGUUAGGCCAUCAUACAGAGUUACAGAAACUCCUCAUCAUCCCUGGGUGGCUGUGAAAAGCACUGGAGCUGUUAUUACAGCCCACUGUGACUGCAUGGCUGGCUUAAGGGAGACAUGUUCACAUGCUGGAGCUCUCCUGUUUAAGAUAGAGGCAGCAGUCAGGCUUGAAAUCACAGCUACAGCAUGUACCGAUACAGCGUGUCAGUGGAACGACUGCUUUGUGGAAAAUGUAGAGCCAGCGAAGGUUGCAGAUAUCAAGUUUUAUACGUCUCAGGCCAAAGAGAAGUUAACACAUAGCAAGAAGCCCAGGCAUGUUCUGGAACCAGACCCCCCAGAAGUGCAAAUGGAAUUUUUGAAGUCACUCGCUUCAUCUGGAUCAUGUGUCGGCAUAAGUCUCUUCAAAGAGUUCAAGGAUAGGUUUGUUGGUUUAGGGCCAAAACCAUCUCAGGAAAGACUUCCUCCACCACUCCGGUCUUUGUAUGCUGAUGGGAAUGAAAAACUUUCAGGGGAAGAACUUGAAAGUGCUUGUGAGAGUGCUAAGGCUAAAGUUGAAGUAAACAAUGCUCAAGUAACUUAUGUAGAGCAAGUGACCAGAGCACAGGCAAACUCUAAGGCCUGGCAUGACCAGCGUGUGGGAAGAAUAACAGCUUCAAUUGCUGGAGACUGUUUGACUACCAAUCAAGAAUCUCCUGCGCCUUCUCUGUUAAAGAAAAUUGCUUCUGCUGGGAAAGCAGUGCAGUCGCCAGCAAUUUCGUGGGGAAAUGCUCAUGAGGCAGAUGCCAUUAACCUGUACAAGGCGGUAUAUGGUGAAGGGAAAAAGAAAGUUUUUCCCAAAGGACAGAUAUUGACAAGCAGCAGUAUCCCCAACAUCCACAAACAGUGCAGUGUCACAGGAGCUGGACUGUUUAUUUCCCAAGCCAACCCCUGCCUAGGUGCCUCACCAGACAGUAUAGUGAGAUGCAACUGCUGUGGUCAGGGGGUUCUAGAGGUGAAGUGCCCCUAUAGUCUGAAAGACCAACCCUUUUUGGAAAAGUUUCCAGUCUAUAUAGAUGAAAAAUUUGCAAGUGAAACAAAAUCAUAA